ACGUGGCGCAACCGCUUCCGGUUCCAGACUGCAGCUACUGCCCGGUGGUGAGUGCAACUGGGACCUGGCGACUUUUUUGGGCUUGUUUUCUCUGCGGACUCUCGAUUGAGAGGAGGACUAUGGCAACCCAGGAGACCACUCCAGGUAGCCAGACAGAGGAGAGCAAUGCUUUGGACCUGCCAUCAGCUUAUGACAUAAGGGAUUAUGUGUUGCAGAGACCCAGCCAGCAGACCAACAGUGAAGCUUUUAGUUCUGAGGAAGCUUGUUCUAUUCCUUGCUCUUCUGAUGUUGAUCCAGGAGACAGGUUCAAUCCCUGAUCUGGGAAGGAACUCACAUGCUGCGGAGCAACUAAGUCUGUGUGCAACAACUACUGACUCAGCCUGCGCUUAGAACCUGGGAACCAAAACUACUGAAGCCUUCGAGUCCAUGCUCCACCAGAGAAGCUGCCGCAGUGAGAAGCCCUCACCCCACAAGGAGAGAAUAGUCCCCACUCAUGCCAACUAAAGAAAAGCCCGUGCAGCAGUGAAGACCCAGUACAGCCAAAAAUAAAUAAAAUUAGAUAUAUAAAGAAGCAAAACUAUCACAGAUCUUCCUAUUUCUUUACUCACAGUGUUCAUGUUUUCCUUUAAAACCUUGAGGAUAUUUAUAAUAGCUAUUUCAAGUUCUUGUCUGCUCAUUCCAUCAUCUCUGUCCUUUCAAGAUCUAGUUCUACUGAUUGAUUUUUCUUCUGUAUAUAGGUUACAUUUUUCUACUUUUCAAGUCUAGUUAAGUUCUACUAGCUGCUUGGACUUCAUGAUAUUAUGUUGUUGACAUCAAUUUUUUUUUUUUUUUUUUUUGCAGUCUUUAAAAAGUAUUGAAGUUCAUUUUGGCAGACAGUUAAGUUACUUGCUCGUCAGCUUGCUGUUUUUCAGGCUUGUUUUUAAGUUCGUUAGGGAGAUUUUGGUGUAGCCUUUACUCAGUCCUUAGUUUAGCUUAUUACCAAGAUGUGGCCUUACUGGAUCACUACGGAACGGUCAGCAAGUUUUUUUCCUUAUGGCUGCCAGAACAUGGCAGUCUUCCAGCCUUGUGCAAGGUUUUGGACUUGUUCAGCUCAACUUCCCUGGCUCUGCCUGGCUCUAUGGAGUUUCACCAUAAAUGUGCACAACUUAGUGCUCAGUUAUUGUUGUUCAGCUGCUCAGUCUUGUCUGACUCUUUGUGACGCCAUGGACAGCAGCACACCAGGCUCCCAUGUUCUUCACUGUCUCCCGGAGUUUGCUCAAACUCCUG